UUCCCCCUCACAGGCCCUGCCCGGCCUGGUCCGGUCCACCCGGUGGCAGGGAGACCCGGAGCGGGCUACCCUCUCCGUGCCGAGCCGGGCGGAGCCGGCGGCGGGCGGGAGAGCGGGCGGGCAGCGGAACGGUGGUGGCAGUAGUGCGGGUUGCCGGCCGGAGCGCGGACAAGGGGGGGGCCCUGGCACGCUCGAGGCUGGCCUGCGCUUUGUCACAUGUGGAAUUGUUUCUUACCCCCCUCUGAAGUGUGAGGAGCUGCCUGUGUUGAUCACCACCGCUCCGUUGUGAUGCUUCUUCUCUCCCGAAGCUUUUCUGACUUAACAUUUUCUUGAGGGCAUAGUGACAGGAGCUGCCUGCAACUGGUAGAUGAAGAUCAUGUUUGUGAUAAAUGACUAUCGCACACUUCUUUUGAAGAAGUAAGCCCUCAGGUUAGAAAGAUGUUCAGCGCGAGCCAGUCCUCCAAAGCCCAGUUCCUGGACAAAGCGCGCCAGGCUCGGGAGGAGCGGAGGGAGCUGAAGGAGAGGGAGCGUGCGGCUGUCCAGAUCCAGGCUUUGAUCAGGAGAUUUCUCUGUCGGUGCCGCCUGCAGAGGGAGAUAAGGAGAGAAGCGGAGGAUUUCUUUGGGGCAAAUGAAUCUGGCUCAAGUAAAAGAAGUGCUCUUUCUAUCUUCAGAAUUGCUAGGAAACUACUGUUUGUAUUUAAUCAUAAGGAGGACAAAGAGAGAUUUGAAAAGCUGUGCCGGUGUAUUCUCAAUAGUAUGGAUGUUGAGAAUGAGCCCAAGGUGUGGUAUGUGUCGCUGGCACUCUCCAAGGAUCUCACGCUCUUAUGGAUCAAACAGAUCAAAGACAUUUUGUGGUUUUGCUGUGAAUUUCUCAAGCAGCUUAAACCUGACAUCUUACAAGACUCCAGACUGGUCAAUUUGCACCUCACAAUGCUUGUCACCUUCACAGACACUUCUACGUGGAAGAUCCUUCGAGGAAAAGGUGAAACCCUGAGGCCUGCCAUGAACCACAUCUGUGCAAACAUCAUGGGACAUCUAAAUCAGAAGGGAUUUUAUUCUGUGCUGCAGAUUUUGCUAACUAAUGGCUUGGCAAGAUCCAGACCUUCCUUGUCCAAAGGCUCUUUGACUGCCAUCUUCUCUCUUGCAUUACGCCCUGUGGUUGCCGCGCAGUUUUCAGACAAUCUGUUGAGGUCAUUUCUGAUCCAUAUCAUGUCUGUGCCUGCUAUAAUGACUCAUCUUGCUACUCUAACACCUGAGCGUCUGGCAGUGAUAGAAUCUCAUGAUCUUUUCCGCAAGUUCAUCCUGUAUUUAAGUCGUGAAGCACAAUGCCGAGACGUCUGUGUGUGCCUGGAAGGAAGUCACACUCUUUGUUUGUUAGGUAAUCUUGUAUACUUGGGCUCCUUGAAUGACAAAGUUCUUGAGGAGGAGACAGCUCAUUUUGUGGGUGUGCUCAUUCACAUGCUCUCCUACUGCCAGAAGUACGUUUCACAAAAGAAAUCCAACCUCACCCACUGGCAUCCUGUUCUAGGCUGGUUUUCACAGACUGUGGAUUAUGGAUUGAAUGAGUCCAUGCCUCUGCUGACAAAGCAACUGCAGCAUCUCUGGGGAGUCCAUAUGAUCCGCAUCCUCUUCAGUGAUGUGCUCAGCAAGAAAUUGCUGGAGAAUCAGGAAAUAGCUCAGCUGCCAACACAGCCGGUUUCCCCUCAGAACAGCCUUCCUAUGAAGAAUCUUUUCAAGAGAGCUUUCCAGAAGUCUGCAUCUGUGCGCAACAUUCUCAAGCCUGUUGGGGGCAAGCGAGUGGACUCAGCAGAAGUGCAGAAGGUGUGCAGUAUCUGUGUCCUGUACCAAACCACGCUUACAACGCUAACGCAGAUCCGUCUGCAGAUACUCACAGGCCUCACUUACCUGGAUGAUCUGUUGCCCAAAUUAUGGGCUUUUAUCUGUGAGCUGGGACCACAGGGUGGGUUAAAACUCUUCUUGGAGUGCUUGAAUAAUGAUACGGAGGAAUCCAAGAGGCUCCUGGCCAUGUUGAUGCUCUUCUGUGACUGCUCCCGCCACCUUAUCACGAUUCUUGAUGACAUAGAAGUCUAUGAAGAGCAGAUUUCAUUCAAACUGGAAGAGCUUGUUACCAUCUCAUCUUUUCUGAAUUCCUUUGUAUUUAAGAUGAUCUGGGAUGGAAUUGUAGAGAACGCCAGAGGGGAGACCCUGGAGCUGUUUCAUUCUGUCCAUGGCUGGCUCAUGGUCUUGUAUGAAAGGGACUGCCGCAGGCGUUUUGCUCCCGAGGACCACUGGUUACGCAAGGACCUCAAACCCAGCGUGCUCUUCCAGGAGCUGGACAAGGACAAGAAACGAGCCCAGCUGCUCCUGCAGUACAUCCCGCACGUCAUUCCCCACAAGAACAGAGUGCUGCUUUUCCGAAAUAUGGUUACAAAGGAGAAGGAGAAGCUAGGGCUGGUCGAAACCAGCUCCGCAUCGCCUCAUGUCACGCACAUCACUAUCCGCCGCUCACGUAUGCUGGAGGACGGAUAUGAACAGCUACGGCAGCUUUCCCAGAACGCCAUGAAGGGAGUGAUCAGAGUGAAGUUUGUGAAUGAUCUGGGUGUUGAUGAGGCUGGUAUUGAUCAGGACGGUGUCUUCAAAGAGUUUCUGGAAGAGAUAAUAAAGAAGGUGUUUGACCCUGCACUCAACUUGUUCAAGACAACCAGCGGUGAUGAGAGGCUGUAUCCAUCCCCAACAUCCUACAUUCAUGAGAACUACCUACAGCUCUUCGAGUUUGUGGGGAAGAUGCUUGGGAAGGCCGUAUAUGAGGGAAUAGUUGUGGAUGUACCAUUUGCUUCCUUCUUUUUGAGUCAGCUACUUGGGCACCACCACAGUGUCUUCUACAGCUCCGUAGAUGAACUUCCCUCCUUGGACUCUGAGUUCUAUAAAAAUCUCACUUCAAUUAAGCGUUAUGAUGGUGACAUCAGUGACUUGGGCUUAACGCUGUCCUACGAUGAAGAUGUGAUGGGUCAGCUUGUUUGCCAUGAACUUGUUCCUGGAGGGAAGACCAUUCCCGUUACCAAUGAAAAUAAGAUCAGCUACAUCCAUCUCAUGGCUCACUUUCGGAUGCACACACAAAUCAAGAGUCAGACAGCAGCACUCAUCAGUGGAUUCAGGUCGAUCAUUAAGCCUGAAUGGAUUCGUAUGUUUUCUGCACCAGAGUUGCAGCGGCUGAUCUCCGGUGACAAUGCUGAGAUUGACCUCGAGGACUUAAAAAAACACACGGUGUACUACGGGGGCUUCCACGGGAGUCACCGGGUCAUUAUCUGGCUGUGGGACAUCCUAGCCAACGACUUCAGCCCUGAGGAGAGAGCCAUGUUUCUCAAGUUUGUUACCAGCUGCUCCAGGCCUCCACUUUUGGGCUUUGCCUACCUCAAGCCUCCUUUUUCCAUCCGCUGCGUGGAAGUCUCUGAUGAUCAGGACACCGGUGACACGCUGGGCAGUGUCCUACGGGGCUUCUUCACAAUCCGCAAGAAAGAGCCAGGUGGGCGUCUCCCAACCUCCUCUACAUGUUUCAACCUCCUCAAGCUUCCCAACUACAGCAAGAAGAGCAUCCUGCGGGAGAAGCUGCGCUACGCGAUCAGCAUGAACACUGGCUUCGAGCUGUCCUAGUUGCCAUGGCCCUGGACUCCGCGAUGGGGGCUCUCAGAGCUGCUGACUGCUGCUGGAGGUGGAGGCCUUCGUGCACAGCGGGUGGAUCAGCUCCGCAGGAGCUGACGGCUCACUCGAGGGCUGGAGAGAUGCAGUGGAUAAUAAAGGUUUACAGGGAAGAGCCGCUGGGCUAGACAGGGCUGGCUCUUCUUGGGCACUUCUCCAGGAUGAAGGAGGUGAUGGGCCUGACCCAAUACACUUCACUUGACACCCACGUAAAUCAUCUUUAAAAGCAAACCCCGGGGGAGCAUAAAAGGAACAUUAAAAGUGCCAGUCAGAUUAGUGACCGUAAUACCCCCCAGCAGGCCGUGCAGUCUGGGCAGCUGCUGCUGCGGGAGCGUUUCUUUUUCCUUUCCCAGGAGAUGGUCCAGUUUCUUACUGGGUAGAAGUCAGCCUGCGGGAAGCUGCACAAAGGCAGAAACGUGACAGAGCCCACAAGGAGACGAGCACGGGGCUGCAGUGUUGGAUGCGCCACAAAUGGGCACCGUUUACUCAGGGCAGGUACCGCGCGGGGGCUUCUCGAUGCCCUUGCUCUGCGCAAGGCCCUUGCGUUUGUCUCGGAGAACGAACCACUGGCCCAGACUCGAGAAGCAGCAGGUUAAACGCAAGCAGAUGGACCCUGCCAUUCUCAGGAAGGUUUUGGAGCGCUGUAGGUUAAGAGCUCAAGCAGCAGGCGUGGGGGUCAGCGUGCUGAGCCAGCUGUGCCUCUGCCAAGCUCUUGCCAGAGCCUGUGCUUUGGACGAAUGUGGUUGUUGUCUGAAUUUUCUCAGGAGCAGAAAAGGUUUAAUUUUAUGUAGUUUCCAGAGGACAGGAGCUGGCACGCGGCUCAGGCAGCCCUCGCUCCCCAGCACAGUGCUCAAGUGGGGCAGGUGCCCCCUCUGCUUUCUGGAAGGGGAGUGUGUUGAGCCGCUGAGAGUCCUCUGGCAACCUCCGCUGGCAAAAUUCCUCUUACUUGGAUAGAAGUUUCACUUUGUUUGCAGGCCCUUUUGUUAGGGAGAUGUAGUGUUUUGAAGCAAGACUUGGCCUCUGUGUAACAGCCGCGUUUGCUUUGUUGCCAAACUAUUUAUUUUAGCUGCUUUGUCUCUUUCCAGCCUUAUUUUUAACAGGUGAUGUUCGCCUGUAGCAGGCAGCUUUUUCAGGUUGUUCUGAAAGGGAGGGCGUGAGCGGAGGUGUGUGCACGCGUGCGUGCGUGUUGGGAAGGUGCGGAGCCUUCCUGCCAUUUCCAACGAGAGCCUGACUUGUAAAGUGUCUCUGCAGCUUCCCAGCCUCGCUCCCUGAUGCUGCGGCGAGUCCUGCUUUGGCCUGGGUGAGGUGAGGGGAGAGACUGCCGUCUCCUGGGCUGCUCUGUCCUUGCGGGGUUUCUGGCACUAAGCAGCGCCACGUGCGUCCUCCCGUUUGGGACGGGGUUACAAACCAGUCGUCUCUCCUUCCCCUAUUGCUGCUCGCUAAUAAAACAAGCUCCUGCAGAGGCUGCCAGUAUCUCCCCUGGUCUUCUUUUCCCCUCCUGACCUUCCCGCGGCACUGGUGGCCCUCGCCCUGCGCUCUGGCCCCUCUGUGGGCAGCUGAGCUGGCAGCAGGGCGUGAGGCUGUGUGAGGUGUACCCGACCUCAUCCCCUGGUCCGUCUCGCAGGGGUUGGCAUCCCCUGGCUCAGCGUAGCACAGGUCUCCGCACGGAGAAGGCUCCCCGGGCUCUUCGAAAGACCCUUUUAGCCAUGAUGUGUUGCACAUUUCAAACAGAAAAAUACUUGGCACCGUUCAUCCGAGAGUCUAGAGAUGGCCUUUGCUUCAUCUGUCUCUUCUGUCUUGCUUCAGCUGGUUUGCAGAGAAGUAACCAUUUUUUUUGGAACCAGUGCCUGGAAAUGUGUCUGGAAAGCAACGUCGGGAUCCUUUUUCUAUGUCAGCUCAGUAAUAUUAAACAGGAGUGAUCAGAAGCGUUAGUGAGGACAGGAUUCAAGAUCCUGGACUGAGUCCAGAGAAAUUAAAGGUGAUAGUAAAUUUUAAUUUUUAUUUUUUUUACAUAGAGCAUUUCAGCAUUAACCAGUUGUUGACUGUGUAGUGGAGAGGUUUAGGCACUGACUUGAACCAACCGUAGUUUGAAAUAAUACACAAGAUUUCUCUUUUUCUUCUAGGGCAACGCAGCGUCUAAAUAGAGCACAAUGAUUGUUCAAUGAAGUGAGUUGUUGAACACGGUGAAAUAAAAUCUUUGCUUACCUUUUUUUUUUUUUUUUUUUUUUUUCCCCCUUUAUUCCUCAGGAGUACAAUUCCUAGAAAAGAUCUUAAUGCAGACUUAGCUAGGUCCCUCCAAACCUGGAAAUAUUGCACUAUGAGACACUACAUCCAAUUUUGUAGCUAGUGUAUAAAAUGUGAUUGUCUAGUAAACGCCCUGGCGGCUGUGUAGGCACCAACAAUAUUUCUCUUGAGUAGCUGAUUUCUGUAUGACCGGGAGGCUUUCAUACGUUUUUACCUGAGCAGAAGGCUGCGAACGUGUCUCAGUCCCUGCCUGCACCGCUGUAUUCUGCGCGGGUCUUCUUUGUAGGGCAGGGAUGGUUUUGCCACGGGAGAUUAAUGACUAUUUUUUUCUAUAGAAGACGUGCUGCUGUGGAGACCUUGGUUACAGCCUUUGUAUCAGAAAUGCAGGGAAGAGAAAAAUAAACCUGGUUAUGAGUAAGACGA